AUGGACCUCUACGCCGCCAGGCUCCGCGAGCUCCAGCCGCUCUGGAGCAGCGUCGAGAACUGGGCGGUUCGGCUAUUUUUCUUCAUGGGUGCGAUAACGCUGCUGCCGUGGGUGCUGCUGAUCGUCUUUGAUGCGGGGGUGUAUAUAUGGCGGUGCCUUCUGCUUGCGCUAGGUCUGGAGGCGGGGGAGAAGAUGGUGUGUAUGGAUGUGGAUGCGGAUGGGGGAGAGAUGGGGGAGAAGGAGGCGUGA